UCUGUUGCUUUCUCUCAAACAUAAAUUAAUUAAUUUUUAUAUGAUAGUGAUAAUAAAAGAAUAAUUACUAAAAAAAAAGAAAAAUCUAAUAUAGCAGCAACGUUAUUUCCUUCCAAACCAACAGUUAUGUGAGUGAAAUCUCUUCCUGUGAGCUUGUUCCUUCUGAUUGUAUGAUUCUAAAUAAGAACUACUAAGCUAAUACCUUUUUGGAGCAAUCAUCAUUCUCUGAAUUGCAUUUCUCUUUCUCAGUUUACUCAGGGAAGUUUGAUGUUACUCGCACAUAGUUAUUAGGGGAGUAUAACAAUGGCUACUGCAGCAGUUAUUGGACUCAGUGGAGGCAAGAGGAUUUUGAGUUCAUCAUACCAUUACUCUGAUGUUACCGAAAAGCUUUCAUUUGGCACUGAUUUUGGAUCCACACACUAUCAGAUUGUUCCAACAAAGUCUGUAAUAAUUGCUAAGAAGCCAUCCAAUUACACCCCAACCUUUGCAGCAUCGAAUCGCCAAAACCAGUCCAUCAAGGCUCUUCAGGAACAUGUUGAUGCCGAGGCAGCCGGUACUUCAGAUCCAAUGUGGUUUCAAGGAUUCAGUUCCAGUGACUUAGAGUUGGAAAGCUCUGAAAUGGGUUAUUCUGUGGAGGCUCUUCUUUUGCUGCAGAAGUCAAUGCUAGAAAAGCAGUGGAAUCUUUCUUUUGAGAGGGAUGUGCUAAACGAGCAUUCGAGAAUGGAUAAAAGCCGAAGGAAAGUGGCAGUAACUUGUUCUGGGGUGUCUGCAAGACAGAGAAGAAUGAACACCAAGAGGAAGGCCUCGGGUAAAACCAGCGCAAUGAUCGAACCUUGUACUGCUAUGCAGCUGAGGUCUGCCAUCAGUCCAGAGCUGCUUCAAUAUCGUUUGAAGGGCUAUGUGAAAGGAGUAGUGAGUGAGCAAUUGCUCUCUCAUGCUGAAGUUGUAAACCUUUCAGAGAAAAUAAAAGCUGGACUUUCCUUAGAGGAGCAUAAAUCCAGAAUGAAGGACAAACUAGGAUGUGAGCCCUCUGAUGAUCAAAUUGCAGCAUCAUUGAAGAUUUCUCGGGCUGCACUACGAGCAAAAAUGAUAGAGUGCUCUUUGGCAAGAGAAAAGUUGGCUAUGAGCAAUGUUCGCUUAGUUUUGUCUAUUGCUCAAAGAUAUGAUAACAUGGGAGCCGAAAUGGAUGACCUUGUUCAGGGUGGUUUGAUUGGACUUCUUCGUGGGAUCGAGAAGUUUGAUUCUUCAAAGGGGUUUAAGAUUUCAACUUAUGUUUAUUGGUGGAUACGUCAGGGUGUUUCAAGAGCCUUAGUUGAAAAUUCAAGAACACUUAGAUUGCCCACUCAUAUACACGAAAGAUUAUCUUUAAUCCGCAAUGCAAAGUUUAGACUGGAAGAAAAAGGAGUUACUCCAACUGUGGAAAGGAUAGCAAAAUGUCUUAAUAUGUCUCAAAAGAAAGUCAGAAAUGCCACUGAGGCAAUGAGUAAAAUUUUCUCGCUUGAUAGGGAGGCGUUUCCAUCUUUGAAUGGUCUUCCAGGAGAAACUCAUCAUAGUUAUAUCGCUGAUACUCGCGAAGAGAACAUCCCGUGGAAUAGAGUAGAUGAAUGGGCACUAAAGGACGAAGUGAAUAAACUCCUUAAUGUGACCCUUGUGGAAAGAGAGAGAGAAAUCAUUCGACUCUAUUACGGAUUGGAUAGAGAAUCUCUUACAUGGGAGGAUAUUAGUAAAAGGAUAGGGUUGUCAAGAGAAAGAGUAAGACAAGUUGGACUUGUUGCAUUGGAGAAACUAAAACAUGCUGCAAGGAAGGGAGGGAUGGAAGCCAUGCUUUUGAAACAUUAGACUUUGGACUCAUCAUAGAUUGAGAAAGAGAGAGAGACAUGUUAAAAAAUGUAUAUAUACAGAAGGGAAGUGUGUAACUAGAAAAUUUAACUUCCUGAUUGAAAAUAGAUGAAAGAGGCCAUAUAAGGGAACACUGAAGAUUUGUAAACCCCAUCAUAAGAUCAAUUAUUGUCUAUUGUAAUAGUUUUUGUUUUUAUCAAUAGGUUGAGGGAUACAAUCUAUGGAUCUCAACUUUCUAUUCCAGAAAUGAUGAGGUCACGUUUAUUUUUUC